UGCGGCAUCAGGAGCCGGAAAGCGGAGUCGUUAGCCGAUCGUUGGGAUUGAGGAGGCAGGGGAGCGACCCAUCGACAAGCUGCGAUGUUUUGGGGCCGGGCGGGCUAGCAGGCAGCGCAUAGUGUGCGGGUCGGUGGUCGGUCAUUCACUCAACAGCGGGGACGCCGCCCGUCAUGGAGAAUCAGCUAGCGCGUUGCAAAAUUGUGGUGGUUGGCGACAGCCAGUGCGGCAAGACGGCAUUGCUGCAUGUUUUCGCCAAGGACGCCUAUCCCGAGAAUUAUGUCCCUACUGUGUUUGAGAACUACACAGCCAGUUUUGAGAUUGAAAAGCAGCGCAUUGAGCUGAACAUGUGGGAUACUUCAGGCUCAACAUACUAUGACAAUGUCCGCCCCCUUGCCUAUCCAGAUUCAGAUGCUGUUCUUAUCUGUUUUGACAUUAGCCGUCCUGAAACUCUGGACAGUAUCCUUAAAAAGUGGCAGGGAGAGACACAAGAAUUCUGCCCUGGUGCCAAAAUAGUUUUGGUGGGCUGCAAACUGGACAUGCGCACAGACUUGAACACUUUACGGGAACUCUCCAAACAGCGCCUUAUCCCUGUUACGCAUGAGCAGGGCAGCAUGCUGGCCCGGCAAUUGGGUGCUGUGGCGUAUGUAGAAUGCUCUUCCAAGGUGUCAGAGAAUAGUGUGCGGGAUGUUUUCCAUGUGACCACACUGGCCUCAAUCAAUCGGAUGCAUAAGCACCUCAAACGCAGCAACUCAAAGCGAGGACUGAAGCGGAUUACGCAGAUGCCUGGACGGACAGAUUUAUUGACUGAUUCUGAGAUCCGCAAAGACCGGGCCAAGAGCUGCUUGGUGAUGUGAGGGUGGGCACAACUGCAGAGGGGCUGAAAUAUAGCACUGCCUGUCCAUAUCACUUUGUGUAGUAACUGGGAAUGGAAGGUCUUUGCAUUGAGGGCCACAUUGACCAGGAUGUAGGUCAGAACAAACUAAGGCCUGUCUGGAAGCUGAGUUGGGAGGGAUCUGCCUGAAACUGCAAAUGCUCAGCAUAGUGCAAAAGCAUCUAGAUGACCCACAGUUGCACAAAACAAGAAAAAAAUACUCAGGUAGUAGACAUCAACACUUCCCUGUAAGAAGCACUGGGGGCGAUAAAUACUUCAAAUCUUCUUAAGGAGUUAUUAUUUCACAAUUAGUUUCAAAUGUGUAGAUGUCCAGGCACCCCAAGUGUCUGGCACUUUGGUUGCUGUGGGGUGUGUCAGUCAGUCCAUGCCCACAGCAUGUGUGCACAUGUAUACAUGUGCUCGUGCUUGAGGGCAGUCAUGGAAUACAAGAAUUACAGAAGAGUCAGAGGAAAUGGUGGUCAUUUUAGAUGAAAAAUUGGAUCAAUUAGGAUGGGAGGAGGGGGAAAGGGCUGAAGGUUUUCAGCAACUAAAUAGCUCUCAGGGUACUUGACACUCGAGUAACUGGCAAGUCAUUUUGUCCCAAAAGUGCUCUUUCAAAAGGCAGAUGGAUUUUCUUGUUUUUCCUUGAAGAUGUUUCACUUCUGAUCCAAGAAGCAGCUUCAGUUCUGACUGAAUGGUGGAGAAUGGAAGGAUUUAUAGUCAUAUUCCUGGCAGUCAUCAUGGCACAAGAAUGUUGUGCCAUGAGGACUGCAGUCAUUCUCCACCAUUCAGUCAGAACUGAAGAAGCUGCUUGGAUGAGAUUUGAAACAUCUUCAAAGAAAAAACAAAGAAAGUCCAGUUGCCUUUUCAAAAAGCAUCUUCGAGACCACCAUGACUUGGAGGACUCCAUAAACAUUUGAUAGGUCACCUCACUACUUGGCAAAUUUCUGAAAGAGAUCACCAGAGAUAAUUGGCAAGAAAAUAGCUCUUUUGGAAGAGAUGGUUUUCCUUAUUUCUACCAAGGGUAGAAGCUCAAAAAUUGUCUCCACUGGAGCCUUUGUUUUCAAUAAUAGCUGCUGUGGUCUUGUCCUGAAUGCACCUAUAAGUCCUUUUUACCUAGUUCGGGAGACUAGGGACUCUGCCAUGACCAUGGCUGCAUCAUAGAAAAGAACCAGUUUUUCUUGGUCCCCAUUCCUGUUUCAUGAUCUCCUUUCAUGUGGUGGUGAUGCAGAGGGAUAGGAUUGAAGGAAUGCUUUUUAUUCCUGGAAAGAGGAAAAAAAGGAUAGCCGACAGGUAGUAAAAUGUCUCCAACAUUGUAAAUCAAAUCUUUUGAUUUGGGUUGCAUUUCUUUGAGGUUGGUGUUGUAACUAUAGUGGAAUAACUUACCUCAAAUUGUUGGCAACUGAAGUCUCUUUAUCUUGCUUUGGGACAUUAAAAAGCAAAAUACAUGUUUUAAAAGGUUUGGAACUAGACCCAUAUGAAUUCCUUGGGCAAACAGGAUUGAAUGUGGCAGAGCAUGUGCCUAUGUGAGAGAACAACACAAGACUUCAUUAAAGAAGUCUUGUGUUGGACCAAUCAGUUGGGCCAAAUCAAUGGAGCAAAAUAAGUGCUGCUGACUGUCAGCUCAGAAAAAAAGAAGUAGAGUAAGCUCAACCCACCCCAUAGGGUUGUAUGCUACCUUGAGUUUCUUAACUAAAAGUCAGGAUAGAAAUUAAUACACAUUGCAUGAAAUAUUUUUUUUGUGCAGUUAGAAAGAUUGCUUACAGAGAGUUUGACCCUCUUCUAAUGUAUCGACAAAGGCAGAGCAGGAAAGGAAGAUGACCAUUCUGUAGACUAGAGGUAGCCUUGCUCAGUCAGAAACCGAUAGCUUUCUGUAUCACACCUACUGCAGCAAUUAUUCAGCUGGUCCUAAGGACUCUGGUGAAGACCUGGUGUAUCCAGAGCAGAAAUUUGUAAACUGUUUUUGAUUACAUAAGAGUGGGGAAAAUUUAAGCUGCAGGCUUUCACAAUUAUUUCAACAUUUAAUGGCUCCUUGGGUUCCAGUGCGAUACUAAUGUGGCUGCAGAUAUCUUUCUUGGUGCUCUGUGAACUAUUGGCUCCUAGAAUCUAAUUUUUAAAAGAUUCUUUAAUUAAAAAUAAAUGGCAUGGAGCAGAACAAUAGCAACUAGCUUCAUCUUUAUUCCCAAUAAUAUCUUUGGGUAU